GAUUUGCAUCUGUGGUGUCAAUCCAAGGCUAGAUGGUGUGGAUUAGAUAAUUACGCCGCCUCUCGAUGCCUUGGUUUCCUCCCCAUGAAACAUGGAGGUUCAGAUGUUCAGUUCUUCUCUGGGCGCCAUGGGCUCCCUUCUUGGGAAGCUUCGUUCUUUGUUGGUCUCUCCCGGGGAUCAGCUGCCAGAGCCAUUGAAGCCACAGGACAAGCUCGAGCUCCUCAAACAAGAUCUAGAAGAAAUACAUACCUUGCUUAUGGAUCUUUCAAGGGUGGAAGCUCCCAAGACCAUGGCCAAACUCUGGAUGAACCAGGUGCGUGAACUGUCUUAUGACAUCGAGGAUUGCAUUGACAAGAUGAUGCACCCCCCUUCCAAUACUGGCGAGGAGAACCGAUUUGAUGUCGAAGAAUUUAAUACUCUAAUGAAGCAGGCAAGCGACGCCCGCAAACGAUACCACAGGUAUGAUCUUGGGCGUUGGGCAUCCAAUCCUACCUUUAGGGUCGUCAACAGGCAAGUUUGGGUUCCAACCAUGGACCUCGUUGGUAUUGGUGAUUCGAGGGCCAAUCUUAUCAAUUUGCUUAGCAACGAAGCAGAAAAGUUGAUGAAAGUAAUAUCUGUACUUGGACCUGUGGGUGUUGGUAAGACUACACUUGCCAAAGAAGUGUACCGUCAAAUGAGAGGACAAUUCAAGUGUCGAGCUUUUGUGCGAGCCUCAAAGACGCCUGAUACAAGGAGGCUUCUCCGGAGCAUCAUCUCGCAGAUCCAGCGCCAUCAACAACCUCCUCAUGGUCUCCCCGUGCAAGAGCUUAUUGAUUACAUAAGAAAACAUCUGCAACAGAAGAGGUAUUUUAUUAUAAUUGAUGGAUUAUGGGAAACAAUUUCUUGGGAUAUUGUUAAUGGUGCUUUUCCAGAGGGUAUUGAUUGUAGUAGAAUAUUAAUAACGACUGACUUUGAGGAGGUAGCUCUCGAGUGUUCUGAUUAUCAAUCUGAUUGUAUUUUUAAGAUGGAGCCACUAAGUAGAAAUAAUUCAAGAGAAUUGUUCCUCAAUAGAUUGUUCGGCUCCAAGCAUGAAUGCACUGAACAACUUAAGGAUGUUUCAGAAAAAAUUAUUGAAAAAUGUGGUGGUCUGCCACUAGCAACAAUUUGCAUAGCUAGUAUUCUAGUAAGCCAAUCGGACAACUCAGAGCUAUGGCUGCAUGUCAAUGAAUGCUUAUCUAGCUUUAUAAGAAAGAAUCUUACUUCAGAAGGCAUGCUCAGCGAAAUAGUAGGGAUGAGCUACAAUAGUCUUUCGGACCAUUUGAAGACAUGCCUACUAUAUCUUAGUAUGUACCCUGAGGGGUACACAUUCUUGAAGACCGAUUUGGUGAAGCAAUGGAUGGCCGAAGGUUUUAUCAGUGCAGUAGAAGGAAAAGAUACAGGCGAAGUUGCAGAGUUUUAUUUUGAUGAGCUUGUCUGCAGGGGACUCAUUCUGCCAAACUGUAUAGGUUUCUCAGAUGAGGAUAUCUUCUAUACAGUGCACUCCACAGUAUUUGAAGUUAUUAGGUGCAAGUCAAUGGAGGAGAAUUUUGCUACUGUUAUAGACUACUCUGAAGCCAUUACAAAGCUUUCUGCGAAGGUUCGUCGCCUGUCACUCACUUUCAGCAGUGCAAAGUAUGCAACGAAACCCGAUGGCAUCGCACUAUCAGAACUACGAUCUCUCACCUUCUAUGGGCUUGUCAACUGUCUGCCUUCAAUUAUGGAGUUUAAGCUACUUCGAGUUCUAAUCCUUGAAUUUUGGGGUGACAAAGAAGAGUUAGACAUCAUUGGAAUCAAUAAAUUGUUUCAGCUGAGGUACUUGCGGAUUAGAACAGAUAUGACAGUAAAACUACCAGCUAGUAUGCAGGAACUUCUAUGUUUGGAAACACUCGAAAUGUAUGCAAGAGUAACGACAUUCCCAUCAGAUGCUUUUGUUCUCCCGAGAUUGUUGCAUCUAUGUCUCCACGAUGUGAUAAAUGUGCCUGAAGGUAUUGGACACAUGAGAUCUCUUCGUACACUUCAAUGUUUUGACCUUAGCAGAAUCUCCAAUGGCAUUGUAUGGAGCCUUAAUGAGAUGACUAACCUGCGCGAUCUUCGGCUUACCUGCACUACAGCAUCGCGUGAGCAUCAUCUAAAGAGCAACUUGAUAGCUCUGAUAUCUUGCCUUGAGAAACUUGGCAACCUAAAAACUAUGAUUCUUGCUCCUUCUGCUUCUUGCACGAGCAUUAACUUGUGUUGCUCAGGCAUUGUAUCUUCUCUGCCCAUUUCUCUUGGGAGACUUGAGUUGUUACCACCCAUUUGUAUCUUUUCAAGACUGCCCUUAUGUAUGGGACAGCUCCAAAAGCUACGGAUUUUGAAAAUUGUUCUUGGGGAAUUGACGGGAAGUGAUAUUUACAGCAUCGGCAGACUACAGGAACUCACAAUUCUCUCUUUGUAUGUCAGACAACCAACUGGAGAACUCAUUGUCGUCAACCGUGCAGCAUUUCCAGUUCUAAAGUGUUUCAAAUUAAGAUGUGCUAUUAUGCGCCUUGCUUUUCAGGCAGAUGCAAUGCCUGGUCUUCAGAGUCUGAAGCUCGAAUUCAAUGCGCACAGUGGAGAGCAAAAUGGCAAUAUGCUUGCUGGCAUUGAACACUUGUUAAACCUCCAAGAGGUCACUGGCCGAAUUGGGGCAGCACCAGGUGCAGAGGAAUCGGAUAGAGUGGGUGCAGAGUCUGUGUUCAAGGAUGCCAUUAGCAAGCAUUCAAGACUUAUAAGCUUCAACCUACGAAUUGUCCAUUCCGUCGACCAAGAGAUUCCCCAAUUUGCUGAUACUCCAGAAAGCUGUUCUGGUUCAGACGAGACACUCAAUUGUUCGUCGAUAUCUGAUGGCAUCAAUGAGGUACACGAGGUAGAUACUGUUCAAGAAUUGUUGCCAUUCAACAAUGCAAGUUCAACGGAUAAUAUAGUAUUGUUACCGAAAUAUCAGAUGGCGCCUGUGGGCGAAAAGGCCGCGACAUCAACGACCCUCCCGCAACCGAUUCCUCCAGGCUACGGAUGUCAGGAGCAGCCAUCGGACGGCAACACGGCAGCCUUCAGCGUGCCGUUCCAGAUGACCUCGUCGGACGUGACGACGGCGAUAGCACCGCAUCAUGUUGUUGGGAGCAACACGCUAUCGGAGUGCCGGUCAUCGGACGACGGCUACAGCUGGCGCAAGUACGGGCAGAAGCUGGUGAAGGGGAUCCGUGAGCACCCGAGAAGCUACUACAGGUGCACCUUCCCUAACUGUCCCACCAAGAAGAGGGUGGAGAGGUCGGCGCUGGACGGCCAGAUCAUAGAGAUCGUGUACAAUGGCACGCACAACCAUGACAAGCCACAGAACACAAGCAGGGGAGGAUCUAGCAUGGCUGCGCAGCCGAUGCAGAGCGGCGGCAGCGAGGCGUUCGAGGGAAAGUUUGGCGGAAUGUCGGGCAGGAACGACGAGGUUGGGGUGAGCUCGUCGCGGGCCGGAAACUCCGAGUUUGACGAGCACGAGGAAGAUUUCAAGAGAUUGAGAAAAGACAAUGAGGGCGAGGGGAUCUCAAUGUCCGGCAGCCGGACGACGAUGGUGCACGAGCCGAGAGUCGCUUUGGUAACCAGGAGCGCCAUCGACAUCCUCGAUGAUGGCUUCCGCUGGAGGAAGUACGGGAAGAAGAUGGUUAAGGAGAACCCAUAUCCGAGGAGCUACUACAAGUGCCUGAUGGCGGGCUGCUCGGUGCGCAAGCACGUGGAGCGCUCGUCCCGCGACCCGAGCACCGUGAUCACCACGUACAAGGGCAAGCACAACCACGGCCCGCUAUAUCCACCGCCGGCUAUGGCAAAUCAGAGCAGCGGCGCUGGACAACAACAACAUGCCCAUGGAUUCGGGGGCCAGGGCUGGAAGGGCGUGAGCGGCAGCGCGUCGGGGCAGGGCACCGUGGGUGGCAGCUUCGUGGCAUCCACGCCCGACGGCGUCGAACUUGAGCUAACUCCACGCGCCUUGGCCAAGGAGGAGCCCAAAGAGGAUGCGCUUUCUCGGUGCUCACCGUCCAUUCUCGAACAUGAGGAAAAUCAAGGUCCCCCCCUUCCUAGCGUCCAUGAAACAUGGUCUUUCCAAAGAGAAAUCGAUGUCCAAGAUGAAGUCAAACCUGCUGUAUGAUCUGUAGACGGCACUAAUUUUCUUCAGAACUAAUUGAGAUCCUUCGUUAAAUUUCUCUCUUACUGGCAACAAUGUACACUGUAUCAUCGGAGUACUUUUGCCUCUGUUGAUCUCAUCUUAAAGUAGAAUUUAUGUACCUCAAAUGUUUUCA